AUGUCGCUUAAGUUCAGAGCUGUUCAGUUCACCAGUGCCGCUAGUCCCUUGCUCAUAAAGGAAGAUCAAUUGAACGUUGAAAAGGAUUCCAACGGCAACUAUGUGGUUGACCCAACAAAAGUUCUUGUGAAGAUCAAGUGUGCUGCCUUGAACCCUGUUGAUCUUGUCAGCAAGCAAACCACACCAGCUCCACUCGCAUAUAAAACCAAAGGCAUUGGUUAUGAUUACUCGGGUAUAGUCGUCGGUAUUGGUGCCGAAGCCGAGAAGAACACUGGCGUCAAGAUUGGAAGCAAAGUCUGUGGUAUGUUUCAAGAGGUCUUCGGCCGAGGAACUCUCGCUGAAUAUGCUUUAAUGGACACUGCGACAUCUUCAGGAGCUAGCAUCCAUGAGUUCCCCGAGGGCCUCACUUUCCAAGAGGCCGCGUCGUACCCGUUGGUCUUGGGCACAGCUGUACUAAUGUUUACCAAGAUACAAAAGCAGAACAAGAAACGCAGAAUCCUUAUUCUUGGUGCUGGUACUUCCGUUGGCAAAUUCUGUGUUCAGAUUGCAAAGAACGUCUACGGAUUUGAAGAUGUGGUGACCACAUGUUCACCAGCGUCGGUCGACUUGGUCAAACUGCUCGGUGGUAACACGUGGAUCGACUACACAGCCUGGGAUCUGAUUUUGGACCCAGUUCUUGAACUCGUGGGUAUGAAGGGCAAGUUUGAUGUCAUUUUUGAUUGUGCCGGAAAUUCCGACUUGUUCCCACAGAUGCUGAACAUUCUAGUUGGAAGAAAAGAAGGAGGCACCUACGUGACAAUUUCGGGAGACUUUAAAUACUCUUACUCGACUCCCACAACGGCUCAACUCAUUUGGAACAAUAUCGGUCUUCCAAAGCGUCUUUUGGAGAGCAAAGUCGGCUGGUUGGAUUACAGUUACGAUUUUGCUGCGGUGCUCAAGUCCAUGUAUCCAUGGCAAAAAGUGUGCAAGGAGUAUAUUGCAGACAAAAAGGUGAAGCUCACCAUAGAUAGCGUCUAUCCGUUUGUGGAGUUUGAUAAGGCGUACGAUCGUCUUGGAUCGAACAAGGCUAACGGCAAGGUUGUUGUGAAUGUGGAGGACGAUGCGUAA